UAAACGUCUGCGUGAACGUUCGAAACAAUAUUAAAGGGGCGGUUCACCCAUAAAUGACAACUCAUUUUACUCAUCCUCAAGUUUUACGUUUCUUUAUUCUGCGAAGGGAAAAGAUUUUGAAGAAUGUUGGUAACUAAAACCAGCUGGCGGUAGCCAUUCACUUCCAUAGAAGUCGAGUCAGAGAAAGUCAACAGGGUUCGGUAACCGUUUCUUAAAAAUAUCUUUGUGUUUAGCAGAAAAAAGUUUUGAAAAACUUAAGUGAGUAAAAGAGGACAGAAUACAUUUCCUCUAUAUUUAUUUACUUUUAAAGUGAACUGGCCCUUUAAGAGAAUGUUACAUUUUAUCAUUAGGGGAAUGCUACUUUUCUAUGUUCUCUGAAACACUAACAAGUAGUUACAUUUACAAAUGUUACAAGUUUGCCUUCCAAGCGAUGCAUAAAAUAACUUUUGAGAAUGUUAUUAAAGACCAGAUAACUUCGAACAAACGUUCUAUUAACGUAUCCGGUAGAACGUGUUUUCAACCUUACGGAACCCUCCGAGAACGUCCAUGUAUUAAAGUAUAUUUCCCCGCUCGGCCUGGACUUUGAGCAGACGAACACGAACACAAGACAGAAUACGAGGACGGCCGUCAGAGCUCUGGAGCUCCAGCUCAUUAGCGUCUUAUCAGCCUCUUAUAAAGAGCGUCCAGCUCGGUCUCACUGACACACGUUCAGCUAAAGCCUAAAGAUGGUGGCCGUGACCCAGCGUCUGCUCGUCCUGACCGCUCUGCUGUGUCUGCUGCUGACCUUACAGGUCCAGACGGCACCCAUAGACCCCGACUGGGCGACCGGACUGAUCCAUCGGGCCAAGCGCUCUUUACUCUGGAGAUGGAACACUCUGAAACCCGUGGGUUCUGGAUGCAGAGAUCAUUACGAGUGUGGAACCAACUACUGCAGGAAACACACCUGCUCCUUCAAUAAAUCUCAACAGUCGUGACUGAAGAUAAAUGACGAUCGCCAAAUCAAAUGAUGGAGAACAAAAACGGCUAUAAUUGCGCAUCCCUUUGAUUUCUCGGACACCGUGACCUACAUCAAUCUGACAGAACACCUAAAGACACCUACGGCAAUCUCAAGACUGUACAGAAAUGGCCAGGGCAUGUUAACCACCAAAAUCAGAACUGGUUUCGUUUGGUUUUGGGCCGAAAUAUACAUUCACCUCCUCAGAAAACUCUCAGGAACACGUCAACGAGAACUCCAGUCUCAUCGUCCAUGUUUUACAGCUGUACAGAUCUUGAUAACGUGUGAAAUAUUAACUUUGGAUCUACAGUUUCUGAUUCAGAUUCAGUGAGGCCCAGAUGUUUGAUCUGAUCAAAAUACAAACACGCAUGGCAAACGAAUCUGUAGCAAAUCUAUUUCAUUACCGGCUGCGGCUUCCAGGAGAAUCAGGAACAUAUUUAUUUUGUAAAUAUCAGGCACAUAAAGUGAGAUGAUGGGUUUUUUUUUUGUUUUGUUCAAAUGUUUUAUUGUUUGCCUCGUUAUUUUUGUUACAUUGAUAGUGCAAUAUUUUUUUUUUUUAAGGAAAACAAAAACUACAAAUGCUCGCAUGAUGAAAUAAAUGCAUAAAAAAAUGAAUUUUAAAAAUGGAAUCAAUCGUGAACAUUCCUGUUUUUAGCCAACAUCAUCACUUGGGUCUUCAUUCAUAAACACAUUUAAUUCCCGGGAAAAGCACAUUUACUUUCAAGCUGAAGUGAAACUGAAAUCAGACCACGGUUUCAGAUCAAACCCACAGGUCAUUACAAUAUGAACUUCCCCCGAAAUGAAAUGAUCAAACCUCAAACUUUCCCUUUUCAGACCAACAAAACCGCCACCAAACGCCUACAACGAUAAAA